AUGGCCAAAACCACAGGAAUCCUGGACAAAUCGUUGAGCCGCGGAAAGGGCGAGAUCAACCUGUCCACGUUUGCAGUCCUAUUCUCCGAAAUGGUUCUCUACGCCCAGAAUCGAUCGGAAACCGUCACAGAUAUUCAUGACAAAAUUGCGUCGUACGGAAAACAAGUCGGAUUGAGAAUGUUUGAUAUUAUUGUGUUGAGAGAGAAGGGUUACAAACGGGAGACGAAGCUGUUGGGAAUGCUCAUGUUCAUUAAAUCGACAGUUUGGAAGAAUUUAUUUGGGAAGGAAGCCGACAAGUUGGAGAGAUCUAAUGAUGAUCAUUGUACUUAUCUUCUAAUUGAAAAGGACCCACUUAUGAACACCUACAUCUCGGUGCCACGCGACAAGGGAGUCUUGAAUUGCGCCGCUUUUGCUGCUGGAAUCGUUGAGGCUAUUCUGGAUAGCGUUUCUAGAUUUUUUCGGAGUUUGGGAGUUUCAAGAAUGCGUUCCCUCCACGUCUUCCGGCGAUUCUCCAUCUCAUCCAGACGUUCGAAUUUCGAGCGAAAAACUAUUGAAACAGUUUGCCCACGAAUUCAUAAAUACCUCUUUCCGCACGUCUCCACACCAACGACGUCAUCAGCUACAGAAUAUUCUGGAGUACUGCCUCUGUUGGUGGCUGAAAAUGUUGUCGAUCAUUUUCGGGUGCUUGCUGAAAGGCAAACAGGAAACUAUAGGAAACUACUGGAAGAGGCGUGUCGAUUUAAUCUAGCGAAAGCGACAGAGGUGCUGGAAUACAUUGAUAAAAACGAGCUCUGGUGCUAUUCGACAGGCUGGACGCGUUAUCCAUUAUCCAACCCCUCUAACCCAGAAACCAUCGAAUCUCCAUCUGACCCCAUCCUCUUCUUUGAUAUCGAAUUAGUUGUCCGUGACGGAACUCUUCCCACUCUAGCAAUUGCCCUCGGAAAAGAUGCUUGGUAUGGAUGGUGUAGUGAUCGACUGAUCAAUGAAACAGACUACCCAGAAGUUCCAACUCAAGAUCAUUUGAUUCCGAUCGGAGACAUUGGAACGGAGAAAAUUGUCAUCGGACAUAAUGUGGGAUUCGAUAGAGCACGAUGUUUAGAGGCUUAUCAGCGGGAGAAUGGGUGUAAGAUUCGAUUCAUGGACACAAUGUCGAUGUCGAUUCCGAUGUUUGGAAUGGCGGAUCAUCAGCAGGCGUUGUUUGGAAUGUAUGAUACGGAUAACAAUGAGCCGAAUUCAGAUUGGGUGAACACCUGGAAGGAUCGAGUCUCGAAGAACUCUCUCCUGGCAGUUCACAAUCAUUUCUACCCCUACAAAGAAGUGGAGAAACCGAAAAUAGACGAUGAAUCGAAGGACAAACUUCGCAGCGCUUUUGUCAAGGAACCAAUCGAAACGAUCCGAGCGAAGUUCCAGAAACUAAUGACUUAUUGUGCCAGAGAUAAUAUUCUUUGCGCUGAAAUCUACUACGGAUUAUGGCCGGAAUUUGUUAAGCGAUUUCCUCAUCCAGCUACACUUUCCGGGAUGCUGAAUAUGGGAAAUGUGUAUCUGCCGAUUAAUAGUUAUUGGAAGAUUUUUUAUGAGAGAAACGUUCAAAUUUGUGCGGAGAAGAAGACGUUGGCGACGAGGAGGAUUGUGGAGGCAGCUAGGAUGUUGGAAAAAGGAUUGGUUGGAGAAGAAGAGGAAGAAGAGAAUCCAAUGCCUCCUGGCCCUGAAGACGUCUGGAUGUGGAACCAAGAUUGGACUCUUAACUCUAAACUAGCCUGCUCUGAAUGGCUCAUCAAACUUUUCAAAGCUCGAAAGUUUGCAAAUUUGAGCUUAGAAGAGGUGGAAAGUGAACACAUUGCACUGAAAAGUCAACUGAUUCCUGGAAUUUUCGGCUUCGUAUUCGGCCCAUUUCCACUUUUUAAAACUCGCUCCAAAGGCUGGGGAUUCUUGGUUCCGAAUUGGAAGGCUGUUGAGAAGGCGUUGGAGGAUCCGGAUGUCUCGUUUAUUGAAAUGAAAACUGACGCUAAAGAGGACGCUGUGAAGAAGAGGUUCCCGUUGAGAAGUUUCUACGAAACUGUCCAGAAUAAUGUUUAUGAGUUCGGAGAGUAUCCGAUUUCUGAGGAUCGGAAGGGGUUUGAGAUGGAUGAGGCGGGAUUGGUUCGAUUCUAUCAGAUGGACCAUCCGACUGGAGAGGGAAAUGUUGGUGAUCCGCUGACGAAACAUUUUGCAAAGGAUUUGAAAGAGCAGGUCUUGAGACCAACUAGAUAUGAGCAACUUUUCCGAGUGGUUCUCGAUUCCAUCCAAACCACUCAAUUCUGGACGAGCUAUAGCGAUCGAUACAGACAAGAAGUGGCAAUUUGGUACCCUGAAAAAUCGUGGAAAUCCGGAGAAAUCGAUAUGAUGGAAGGAGCGAUCGCGGCGGCUGUAGUACCAGCUGGUACAGUAUCCCGACGGAGUGUUCAUAAAUUAUGGGUCACAUUGACGAAUCAAUCGACAGGACAUGUGAUUGGAACUGGAAUUAAAGCGAUGGUACAGGCACCAAAGGGGUUUAAGCUGGUUGGAGCGGAUGUGGACUCACAGGAGCAAUGGUUAGCAGCAUUGUAUGGAGAUGCGAGUGCUGAGAAACGAUUGCCUCUGGAACAUCGUGUUCCCGGAAAAACGGCAUUCUCGAAUAUGAUGCUUGCCGGCUCGAAAUCUGACAACACUGAUCUCCACUCCGUCGUCGCUAAUCAGCUAAAAAUCAGUAGAAAUCAUGCGAAAGUGCUCAAUUACGCAAGGCUAUACGGUUCCGGAGAAACGCAUGCUGGAAAACAUUUGAUGAGAGUUGGAGGCAUGAAACAAACGGACGCAGAAGCCACAGCUUCACAAUUAUUCAAAUUGACGAAAGGAGAAACGGCGAAAUAUAUGAAAGUGGACUCGAAAAUGAAUUGUUUGGUGGAUCGAUACAUUGAGGAAAUGCAGAAAAAUCCAGAUGAAUCCAAAAUUCUGACUAUCGAUGGAGUUUACUAUUUGCCUAGUUAUUCGAGCCAAUUUUCAUAUGAAACUGUUGGAUUUGAGGAUUGGUUGCUUUCAAAGUAUUCGGAUCUUCUUAAUGAUGGGUCCCACCACGAUAAUCUGAUUUACUCGAUUUACGAGAAUCCGGCGGAGCCUAGAAAACUAUUUGUUGGAGGAUAUGAGUCGUCGACGUUUAAUUUCUUGGAGACAUCCGCUGCUGCUCACGACCUAAGGACCCCAAUUCUAGGCUGCCAGAUUGCAGACUCGUUGGGAAAAUUGCCGGAGGGAACGCCGGAUUCAGCGUUUUUUGAUCGGAAGUAUAAGAGAUCGGUUAUGAAUUGGAUCGUCCAAUCUUCCGCUGUCGACUUCCUUCAUCUCCUCCUGAUUUCGAUGCAAUGGCUGUGUGACACCUAUCAAAUCGAUGCGCGAUUUGUGAUCUCAAUCCACGACGAAGUUCGAUACAUGUGCGCUGAAAAGGAUGCUCCGAGACUUGCUCUGGCUCUUCAGUUAUCCAAUUUAUUGGUUAGAGCAUACAUUUCACACAGAGUCGGCAUUUGUCAGUUGCCUAAUAAAUCCAACCCCACUCCAUCGGAACCAUCCAAGCCAGCAGCUGCUGCCAAAGUCAAGAAUGCGACGAUUUGCGAUGAUGAGCCAGCCACAUCGAAACUUCCUCCAUCACCGCCAUGUAUUGUGAUGCCGCCGGAUGUGAAGCCAGCACCACCUCCACCAGCGCCAGUUGUGAAGCCAGCAGCCCCGCCAGUUCUGGUUGUUAGCCCAGCCCCAGUCACCACGGAUCCUUUGACCCCCUACUCACCAGCAACACUGAAUUCGACAUUGUCGUUCACGGAGAAAUGGAUGGGAGAGGAGACGGCGAAGAUCUGGCUCGAGAAGGUGGACUUCUUGAAGACGAAGCAAGAGUUUGAGCAGAUCCAGAACGUGGUGGUGCCAGUGGAUGCUUGCAAGAAGUGGAAAGCCAACAGGGCUCUCAACCAACCACCACAGGACGAUUUUCCAGUUUUGGACGCGAAUCUGGUCGUCUUCGAGAACACAUACGUCAACAUGUCAGCCAUCGAUGUCGCCCUUCCAAAAUCCAAGAUAUUCAUGUGCCAAAUCCCUCUCAAAGGAUCGGAGGAGGCAUUCUGGAAGACGGCGUUCGACAGGCAGAUAUCGUACAUGGAGAUCAUCACGGAUCAAGAACCUAUCGAGUUUUUCCCGAUUGGAAAUGGAGAACACGUGUACCAUGGAACGAUGUUUGUCAAUAAUCGACGGGUGGAAGCGGUCAGCGAAGACGUGACGCGUUUUGCGAUCGAGGUGUUGCCGGAGGGAUGUUCCAACUCAAUCAUCUGCACCAUCACAAUAGUCAAGAAUUGGUCGCCAGACAGUGUCCAUGCAAAACAAGCGGUGGUUAUCAAGGAGAUUAUUGAGAUGACAACGUUCUUGACAAAGCAUGGAGCCGGGCGAGCUGGAUACUUCGUCGCUUUGGCUGUGGUCGUUCACAAGUUGGAUAAGGCGACGGAGCCACCGAUUCAGGAAAUUGUCAAAUCGCUUCGAGGACAGAGGCCAAGAGCAGUGGAGUCGUUGACACAGUAUGUGUCUCUCUACACGACACUCUUUUAUUACACUAAGAGAAAAGUUGGCCGAAGCGAUGGAGAUAAGAAGGCAGCGAUGGAGUGUGAUGAGCCGACGUGCAAGAAGACGGUUCAACUAACGACUACAUUCACGAAUGCACUGAUCGCAGAAAUCAACGCCGCCGCCGGAAGAUCAACGUUGACAGUGACAAUCAAGUAG